AUGUGCCCCCCCACAGAAGAAACCACCAACGGCCAAGCCAACGGCACCAACGGUGCACCUCGCAGCAAGGAAGGCUUCACCGGUGUCCAGACCAAGCAGAACCCUCACCCAUCACACAGGAGUCCUUACCAACCUGUUGGCGACUUCCUGUCAAAUGUUGGGCGAUUCAAGAUUAUCGAGAGCACACUGAGAGAAGGAGAGCAGUUUGCCAAUGCCUACUUCGAUCUUGAGGCCAAGAUCAAGAUUGCCAAAGCCCUCGACAACUUUGGUGUUGACUACAUCGAAGUUACCAGUCCCGCUGCUUCCGAGCAGUCAAGAAGGGACUGCGAGGCUCUGUGCAAGCUCGGAUUGAAAGCCAAGAUCCUCACCCACGUAAGAUGCCACAUGGACGAUGCCAGAAUCGCUGUUGAGACGGGUGUCGACGGUCUCGAUGUCGUCAUUGGAACCUCAGCAUACCUCCGCGAGCACAGCCACGGCAAGGACAUGACAUAUAUCAAGAACACGGCACUUGAGGUUAUUGAGUUUGUCAAGAGCAAGGGCAAGGAGAUCCGCUUUAGUUCCGAGGACUCGUUCCGAUCAGACCUUGUGGAUCUUCUCUCCAUCUACAGUGCCGUCGACAAGGUUGGCGUCGACCGUGUUGGUAUUGCCGACACCGUUGGCUGCGCAUCUCCCCGUCAAGUGUACGACUUGGUCCGCACUCUGCGUGGCGUCGUUUCCUGCGACAUUGAGACGCAUUUCCAUAAUGACUCUGGCUGUGCUAUUGCCAACGCAUUCUGCGCGCUGGAGGCAGGAGCUACGCACAUUGACACCUCUGUACUUGGCAUUGGCGAGCGCAACGGUAUUACUCCCCUCGGAGGUCUGAUGGCUCGCAUGAUUGUGGCCGACCGCGAAUACGUCACCAGCAAGUACAACAUCAAGGCGCUCAAGGAGGUUGAGGACCUGGUUGCCGAUCUCGUUGAAGUCAACAUUCCUUUCAACAACUACAUUACUGGGUUCUGCGCCUUCACCCACAAGGCUGGUAUUCACGCCAAAGCCAUCCUGAACAACCCCUCGACGUACGAAAUUAUCAACCCUCAGGAUUUCGGCAUGUCCCGCUACGUGCACUUUGCCAGCAGGCUUACUGGAUGGAACGCGAUCAAGAGCCGUGCCGAGCAGCUUGGUCUGCAGAUGACUGAGGCACAAUACAAGGAGUGCACUGCUAAGAUCAAGGCAAUUGCCGAUAUCCGCAAGAUUGCGCUAGACGACACUGACUCCAUCAUCCGUACGUACCAUAACAACCUUCAUGCUACCGAGGAAGUGCCACUUCUGCCCGGUAUGACGGAGGAGGAGAAGGCCAAAUUCGCCCAAGUCGAGGCCGAGCUGAACAGUGUCAACGAGAAGAGGGAGCUCGAGGCGACUGCAGAUGCGCAGGCCGAGGUACCUGCCGCUAAGAAGAACAAGACCGUGACCGUAUCAUAA